GAGCUCGGCUUUCUACCUGGAUGUCCUGGGAUCGCGUAGUCUCCCCAUUCCUUCCCGGAUCCUGGAGCCUCCGCCUUCACCGGUCGGGGCUGGAGGCGGGGCACGGUUGGGGCCAGCCCAGCCCAACCCAGGAGCUCUCCUGUUCCCUGUGCGUCCCACCCCCGAGACUCCAACCCGGAACUACGGGGCGCUCCCCAGGGAAGGACGCGGCGUCCGGGGAGUCGCGGCGGGUGAGCCGGGCAGCUGAGCCGGCGUGGGGGCCAUGGCCCCCCCUAAGAACGUGGUCAAGAUCGCUAUCCAGAUGCCGGGGGCCAUCCCGCAGCUCAUCGAGCUGGACCAGGCCAAGCCCCUGGCGGCAGUGCUGAAGGAGGUCUGCAACUUCUGGAACUUGAACGACCCCGAGCACUACGCCCUGCAGUACGCGGAUGGCCAUCGGAAGUACAUCACCGAGAGCAACCGAUCGGAAAUCAAGAACGGGAGCAUCCUUUCCCUCAGCAUCGCGCCGGACAAAGAGGCGGAGAGACUUCUGAACGCGCUGCAGAGCGGGAACCGGGAAGUGAAGAGGGAGGCUCUGAGCCGCCUGGCCCUGCUGGCUCCUGAUCUCACCUUUGCCAGAGAAGUCAUCAACCGAGACGGGCUUCAGCGCCUGGGGGCCAUCAUCGAGCACGGGGAUGAUCUAGGAGAGGUCCUGGCCCAUGGCCUGAGGGCCUUCUCGGAGCUCAUGGAGCAUGGCGUGGUAUCUUGGGAAACACUCAGCUGCAACUUUGUCAAGAAGGUGGUAUCUUAUGUCAACAUGAACCUGAUGGAUGCCUCCGUGCCACAGCUGGCCCUGGGCCUUCUGGAGAGCUUGGCCCUCAGCAGCCCCCCCCUGGGCCAGCUGGUGAAGCAGGAAGUGCCCCUGGAAAGGCUGCUGGUGCAUCUGCAAGUGCUGAACCAGCCGUUACAGACCAAAGCCAUGGCCUUGCUUACUGCUCUGCUGCAGAACGCCAGCUUUGCCGAUCGACAGAUCAUGCUGGAUUACUUGUGGCGGAAGAACCUCCGUCAGUUCAUUUACAAGAACAUUAUCCACAGCUCCACCCCGCUUGGGGAUGAGAUGGCCCAUCAUCUGUACGUACUACAGGCCCUCACGCUGGGGCUUCUGGAGCCGCGGAUGCGCACGCCCCUGGACCCUUACAACCAGGAGCAGCGGGAGCAGCUGCAGGCCUUGCGCCAAGCGGCCUUCGAGCUGGACGGGGAGUCCCAGGGCAGUGGCCUGAGCGCUGACCGUCGCCGCUCCCUCUGUGCCCGGGAGUUCCGCAAACUCGGUUUCUCUAACAGCAACCCUGCCCAGGACCUGGAGCGGGCCCCCCCGGGGCUGCUGGCCCUUGACAACAUGCUCUACUUUUCCAGCCACGCACCCAAUGCCUACAGCCGGUUCGUGCUGGAGAACAGCAGCCGAGAGGACAAGCACGAGUGCCCUUUUGCCCGGAGCAGCAUCCAGCUCACUCUGCUGCUGUGCGAGCUGUUGCACAUUGGGGAGCCCUGCUCUGAGACCGCCCAGGACUUCUCUCCAAUGUUCUUUGGGCAAGACAACAGCUUCCAGGAGCUCUUCUGUGUCUGCAUCCAGCUGCUCAACAAGACGUGGAAGGAGAUGCGGGCCACGCAGGAGGACUUUGACAAGGUGAUGCAGGUGGUUCGGGAACAACUGACUCGAACCCUGGCAUUGAAGCCGACCUCUCUAGAGCUGUUUAGGACCAAGGUGAACACCCUCAGCUACAGCGAGGUGCUGAGGCUCCGGCAGACGGAGAGGAUGCAUCAGGAGGGCACCAUGGCCAGACCCAUUGUGGAGCUUCGGGAGAGGCUGAAGCCGGAGCUCUUGGAGCUGAUCCGUCAGCAGCGGCUGCUUCGGCUGUGCGAGGGGACGCUUUUCCGGAAGAUCAGCAGCCGCCGGCGACAAGACAAGGUCUGGUUCUGCUGUUUGUCCCCUAACCACAAGAUGCUGCAGUAUGGGGACGUGGAGGAAGGAGCGGCCCAGCCUGCUCCAGAGAGCCUGCCUGACAAGCUCCCUGUGGCUGAGAUGAGGGCCCUGCUGCUGGGGAAGGACUGUCCCCACGUUCGGGAGAAAGGCUCCGGGAAACAAAACAAGGACGUCUGUGAACUCGCCUUCUCCGUCAGCUACGACGCAGGGGAGGAGGAGGCCUAUCUCAACUUCGUUGCCCCCUCUAAACGGGAGUUCUGCCUGUGGACCGACGGGCUGAGCGCCCUGCUGGGAGGGGCCAUGGGCAGCGAGCAGACGCGGAUGGAGCUGGAGCUGCUGCUGGCCAUGGAGACCAAGCUCCGGCUGCUGGAGCUGGAGAACGUGCCCAUCCCCGACCAGCCUCCGCCCGUGCCGCCCCCGCCCACCAACUACAACUUCUGCUACGACUGCAGCAUCGCCGAGCCCUGACGCGGGGCGAGGCUGGGCGGGGGAGGGCUUCCACCUUCAGCUCAUUCUCAGGGAAGGCCACAGGGCUCCUGGGGGGGUCUCACCCGCUUCCUGUCAAGUUACUGGAAUAAGGUGCAACCUCCCUUUCCCCACCUCCCUCUGCCUAAGAAGAAAACUACCACACCUGCUGCUAUUAGGGUAUAGGGAGGGGCAGGCACACGACCGGACACCCGAUCCGGGCGGUCACUGCUAAGAAUAAAGCCGGCCCUAUUCCUCA